AACAGCAGCUGGCCCAACUCCACCACCAGCCAGAACCACCUCCUGGGGGAGAACUACACCUUCUCAGCUUACUACCAGCACUCCUCCCCUGUGGCUGCCAUGUUCAUCCUGGCCUACACCUUCAUCUUCCUCAUGUGCAUGGUCGGCAACUUCCUGGUGUGCUUCAUCGUGGUGAAGAACCGCCAGAUGCGGACAGUCACCAACAUGUUCAUCCUCAACCUGGCCAUCAGUGACCUGCUGGUGGGCAUCUUCUGCAUGCCCACCACCUUGGUGGACAACCUCAUCACGGGUUGGCCCUUUGACAACGCCAUGUGCAAGGUGAGCGGCUUGGUGCAGGGCAUGUCCGUCUCUGCCUCUGUUUUCACGCUGGUGGCCAUCGCCGUGGAGAGGUUUCGCUGCAUUGUGCACCCCUUCCGGCAGAAGCUGACGCUGAGGAAAGCCCUGGUGACCAUCACUGUCAUCUGGGUGCUGGCCCUGCUCAUCAUGUGCCCUGCUGCCAUCACCCUGACUGUCACCAGGGAGGAGCACCACUUCAUGGUGGACACCUACAACAACUCCUACCCCCUCUACUCCUGUUGGGAGGCCUGGCCCGAGACGGGGAUGAGGAGGAUCUACACCACCGUCCUCUUCUCCCACAUCUACGUGGCCCCCCUGGCCCUCAUUGUCGUCAUGUACGCCCGCAUCGCCUUCAAGCUCUUCAAGUCGGCAGCGCCUGCCCGCGGUCAGGAGGAGCAGGAGGGGAGGAAAGUCUCCCGGAGGAAGGCCAAGGUCAUCAACAUGCUCAUCAUCGUCGCCCUCUUCUUCACCCUCUCCUGGCUGCCCCUCUGGACGCUGAUGCUGCUGAUGGACUACGGGCGGCUGAGCGAGGGCCAGCUCCACCUGGUCACCGUCUACGUCUUCCCCUUUGCCCACUGGUUGGCCUUCUUCAACAGCAGCGCCAACCCCAUCAUCUACGGCUACUUCAACGAGAACUUCAGGAGGGGCUUUCAGGAGGCCUUCAGGGCCCCUUUCUGCUCACCCCACCACCACCACCGCCAGCCCUACGCCCCCCGGAGCCACGGCCGCAGCAUCCUCUUCGCCACCCGCAACCGCGUCUUUGCCCGGGCCCAGGGCAGCGACUCGCCGCCCGCUUCCGAGUCGGGGCCCUUGGCCCCACGCCCCACCAGCGUCCGUGCCUGGGACGGCUGA